AUGGGAAAUUGCUGUACGAUUCCAAAUCUCAAGAACCUGAAACAAAAACCCAAGAAAGAUGACAAGACCAAGACCAAAACUAAGACGAAGAAAAACACCAAUAACACCAAACUGGAGGUCUUGAAAGAGCCCACGGGCCGAGAGAUUGGGCUAAGCUACGAGUUAGGGAGGGAACUAGGGAGAGGAGAAUUCGGCAUAACGUAUCUAUGCAAAGAUAGGAAAACGGGUCAAGAAUUGGCCUGCAAAUCCAUUUCUAAGAAUAAGCUUAGAACUGCGAUUGAUAUUGAAGAUGUCAGGAGAGAAGUUGAAAUCAUGAGGCAUUUGCCUAAGCAUCCUAACAUCGUUACGUUGAAGGAUACGUAUGAAGAUGACGAUGACGUUCAUCUUGUUAUGGAACUUUGCGAAGGUGGUGAGCUUUUCGAUCGCAUCGUUGCUAGAGGUCAUUACACCGAACGCGCCGCUGCUUCCGUCGUUAGAACCGCCGUCCAAGUUGUUCAGAUGUGCCACAAACAUGGUGUCAUGCAUCGGGAUCUUAAGCCCGAGAACUUUUUAUUUGCGGACAAGAAGGAAACAUCGCCUUUGAAAGCUAUUGACUUUGGUUUGUCUAUUUUCUUUAAACCAGGUGAUAGAUUUAAUGAGAUAGUUGGAAGUCCAUAUUACAUGGCUCCUGAAGUAUUAAAAAGAAAUUAUGGCCCCGAAAUUGAUAUCUGGAGUGCUGGAGUGAUUCUUUACAUCUUGCUUUGUGGUGUUCCUCCUUUUUGGGCAGAAACUGAGCAGGGAGUUGCUCAAGCAAUUAUACGGUCGGUUCUUGACUUUAAAAGGGAUCCAUGGCCAAAGGUUUCUGAUAAUGCAAAAGACCUUGUUAAGAAGAUGCUUGAUCCUGAUCCUAAGCGCCGACUUACUGCACAGGAAGUGUUAGAUCAUCCAUGGUUGCAGAAUGCAAAAACAGCUCCUGAUGUUUCAUUAGGAGAAACCGUUAGAGCAAGGCUGAUGCAAUUUUCUGUAAUGAACAAACUUAAGAAAACAGCAUUGAGGGUGAUUGCAGAUCAUUUGUCUGUAGAAGAAGUUGCUGGAAUUAAAGAGGGAUUCCAUGUGAUGGACACAGAAAAUAAUGGCAAAAUUAACAUUGACGAACUUCGAGUAGGGUUGAUUAAGCUAGGCCACCAAAUUCCUGAUGCAGAUGUCCAAAUACUUAUGGAAGCUGGUGAUGUAGACAAAGAUGGGUACCUAGAUUAUGGGGAGUUUGUAGCCAUUUCUAUUCAUCUGAGAAAGAUAUCCCAUGAUGAACACCUACACAGAGCAUUCCAAUUUUUCGACAAAAAUGAAUCUGGGUAUAUUGAACUUGAGGAGUUAAGUAAUGCUUUAGGUGACGAGAUUGACAAAAACAGUGAAGAAGUCAUUAAUGCAAUUAUGCAAGAUGUGGACACAGACAAGGAUGGAAAAAUAAGUUAUGAGGAAUUUGCUGCAAUGAUGAAGGCUGGAACUGAUUGGAGAAAAGCAUCAAGGCAGUAUUCGCGAGAGAGGUUUAACAGUCUUAGUCUAAAACUGAUGAAGGAGGGGUCAGUAAAAAUUGAGCAAUGA